AACUUUUGUGUGUUGCAAAUAUAAAAGGCAAGCCAUGUGACAGAGGGACAGAAGAACAAAAGCAUUUGGAAGUAACAGGACCUCUUUUUAGCUCUCUGAAGAGUUCAAGGGGAGGAAGGAGUGGUGCAUUUACCAAAGUAGGUAGCCGACCCCGUCAGCGUGACACGUAAUGCGGCGUGGCUGUGCAGCCGGGAGCUGACAGGGAGGAUGCUGCAGGACCCCAGACCGUCAGCUGAAGGAGAGAGGGAGGCUCUCCUCCGUUCCCGGCAGAUCACUUCCCUGUGUGUCACCGCCAGAGGCACGACUAUAACUGUUCUCUGUUUCUUUGGGACAAAAGAAGAGUUUCACUGUUAUGAGCCCAGUGACAAAGUGUCAGUGUAGUGGCACUGCGAGGCUCGGGAACGGACACUGCCCCGGGGGAUCCUGGCUGAGGAAGAGAGCCCCGUCUCCCUGCUGGGAUUCAGCGAGAAGUUCCUCGACCAUGGGAAAUCAUGUACUCGCGGCUUCGAUUUCCAUGCUCUCGCUCCUGGCGAUGAUGGGAGACACGGACAGUAAAACAGACAGUUCCUUCAUGAUCGACUCUGACCCCAGCCGCUGUAUGAGGCACCACUACGUCGACUCCAUCACCCACCCCCUCUACAAGUGUAGCUCCAAGAUGGUGCUGCUGGCUCGCUGCGAGGGGCGCUGCAGUCAGACGUCGCGCUCGGAGCCGCUGGUUUCUUUCAGCGCGGUGCUGAAGCAACCCUUCCGCUCCACCUGCCACUGCUGCCGCCCCCAGACCUCCAAGCUGAAGGCCAUGAGGCUGCGGUGCUCGGGGGGCAUGCGGCUCACGGCCACCUACCGCUACAUCCUCUCCUGCCACUGCGAGGAGUGCAACUCCUAGGGGCGGGGUGCCACAGCAGGGAGGGGACUGGCGUGCUGCCGAUGGGAAAGACUCCCAAGAAACAAUCCAGAGCCAAGCCGAUGCUCCCAGCACACGAUUGCAGCAAGGACAGGACUAACCAGGCUGGAAUGAAUCCGAGAGCUGAAGUGUAAAAUACCCUGGGGUGCUGGAUGGUGGAUGCUGGUACCACGGUGUACGAAGGAGAAAGGGCAAGGACUUGUUUUUGAGAAACCUUUCUUUUUUUCUGAAAGGAUAUUUUUGAGAAUUUCUUCUUUUUCAGGCUCAGAUCUGACUACAGAGCUUUUACUGCUGGCCAUGGGCAGCAGGGGAACAGAGAGGGAGGUCAGCUGGAUGACAGCACUGAGCUCUGGAAGCUGACGUUCGGACAGAGGAUGGGCAUCAGUUCCCACAUACAACCUCUUAACCUAUCAAUUUAUUCUCAGUUUCCUACUUAUACUGGCCUUCAAAACAAACUGUGCUGUUGGCAAAGGUCAUGUGUUACUGAUCUAGCAGCCAAGUGCUGGAUGACUUUAACUGUGGUUUAGCAGAAAUUAUAAAUAAACCAUUGAAAAGUGAACUGGA